AUGGCUCUAGGGAUAUGGGAGCCAGCGCGCGCUGACCAUGUCCCCGGAACCGUGAAUGUUUGGGAGGCCGCGCAACGAGACGCUGAGCUCCUAGAAUCCGCGAGACAUCUGAAAAAGACCAAAGAUGGCCGCAAGAUCUUGGUGCCUCAACCUACCAACGAUCCAAAUGAUCCACUGAACUGGCCCCUGUGGCAGAGAGACACGAUUCUCGGGAUACUCUGUUUCGUCUCAGUCAUCGCGACGACAGCCUCACCACUUCUUGCCGCGAACUCGACCACUCUAGCCAUUCUCUUCAGACGGACUUUCCAGGACGCCGCCGUCCUAACAGCAUACCACUUGGCCGGUGUCGGUGUUGGAGGCGUCAUAUUUGUGCCGAGUGCGAGAAUAUGGGGCAAAAGACAUCUGUUCCUCUUCGGAGCGCUACUGAUGAUUGCUUCGUCGGCAUGGGGCGGUGCUACGCAUAUCGACUAUAACUACAAGUCCAUCCUCUGGGCACGCGUCUUCCAGGGCAUCGCCCUGGCACCAUUUGAGGCUCUGGUCAAUGCAUGUGUCGGAGACCUAUAUUUCGUGCAUGAAAGAGGCCCGAGGAUGGCAAUAACCAACACCUGUCUUUUUGGCGGAGCAUUCCUCACCCCAGUGUUCGUCGGCAUGAUCUCUGCGGAUAAUAACCUUGGCUGGCAGUGGACAUUCUACUUUAUGGCUAUCUUCAUGGGACCGGGCUUCCUUCUGCUCUUGUUUUUCGUCCCGGAAACCGCCUACCGAAGACCAAAAGGACUUGAGUUGGAUCUAUUGGCCGACGACUCUUCUGGAACCCAGUCUCCCCCCCAAGCCAUGGCAACUGGCGAGACUGCUGAGAAGCCUAUACAUCAGAUGACUGUUUCAGAACCGCCACCGUCCAGAGCGACGCUGCUUCGGCGAAUGUCGCCAUUCAACGGACGCAAAACCGAUGAGAGCUUCUUCCUGCUGUUCUUCCGACCAUUCCCGCUUUUCUUCCACCCAGCAAUUGCAUGGGCCUGCCUAAUUCAAGGCGUCAUCAUCGGCUGGACCGUCAUUGUUGGCGUGAUUUUGUCUCUGAUAUUCAUUGGCCCUCCACUGUUCUGGAACGAGCGGCGUGCUGGCUUCAUGUAUGUUGCUGCCUUCAUCGGCAGCAUCAUCGGUCUAUUGUUGUCCGGCGUCUACAGCGAAGUUGUGACCAACUGGAUGAUCAGGCGGAACAAAGGCGUCUAUGAGCCUGAGUUUCGAAUCUUGCUUGUCCUACCUACCAUGAUUUUCUCGGCCAUUGGAUUGUUCGGGUUCGGCAUCACGGCCUCGGACAUUGUGAGAUACGGCUGGAUUGUCCCUGACGUCUUCUUGGCUUUUAUCAUCAUUAGCAUGGUGAUGGGAGCGAUCGCGUCCGCGCAAUACCUGAUUGACGCCCAUCGCGACAUUGCUGUUGAAGCAUUCACUAACCUUCUCAUCUUCAAGAACAUCUUCUCCUUUAUCUUGGCCUACUUCGCAUACGGAUGGGUCUUUCAGAGCGGCUUCAGAACGAUCUUCAUUGCCUUUGGCUGCAUCGAGAUAUUUAUUUGUUUUCUCAGCGUACCCAUGUAUGUGCUCGGCAAGCGAAACCGAGCAUUCUUCCACAAGCACGACAUACUGAAGAUGUGUCGCUUGAAAUGA